CUGAUCAGCAAGCAAUCAGUGAGAAAACGCUGCAAGGCCUUUUAAUUCAAACCCGUUGUGGCAGGACGCCCUCACGUGCACCUGCGCGCUCUCAGUUCAAGUUCAGACGCACGCGGAGGCUCCCUGAGCGAGUGAACGGAGCAGCUGUAAACAGCGGUGGCGCGCGCUCGCGGAUUUCGGUCCUCAAUGAGGAGAGCGCGAGAGACCGGUCGUGCGGAGCGGGUCGAAGGAGACGACUCACCGGCUGGACUUAACCGAGAACUGGACCGGAAACCGCUCGCUGAGGGACGUCGCUUUUGAAGCGGCAAAGCACGGAAUUACCGCUCAGAAAUGCUCGUUUUCUAAGUUGGAUUCUUUCAUUUAACGACAGUCUUGCCCCCUCAAACACGAAGACCAUCGUAGAAAAAAAAAAAAAGCGUUUUUUAACCACACACACUUGUGCCAAAACCAGUCACACAUUGCACUUUAUGGUUUGACACUCCCCAGACGGGAAUUCGACCGAAACGGGAGCCCAUCAUCUGAUCUCAGGCAUCGGAUUCCGUCGCCACCGAGUGAGUGAAUUAAUGAAUAAAUAAAGUCUGACUGGACAGAGCGGCGAGCCGACGCGUCACACGUUUAACAGCCUUUUGACGCCUCUUAGCUCAAGCCUCGAUGUAAGGCAAAAGGAUGAAGAAUUGGACGAGGAGGAAGAGGGUUGAAUUCACGCCAGCGUGAUUCUUCAGUCAUCAAUGGGAAUACCGGAGACCUUCUCGUGCGUCUCUGCGCUCUCACCGUGAGCGAGUUUUAAAAGAGCGCGCGGCGAGGGAGAACGAGCACUGUGAAGUUGAACAUAUUUAAUAAUCAAGUGGAAAAAAUGUUUUUAUGUGGCUCAUGAAUGAGAAAACAAUGCGCGUCACCGAGCUCCCCAAGGCUCGCUGAGAAUGUGGGAAUGUUUAAUUGUUGACGAGGAUGAAGAUGGCAGAGGCUUCGUGAGAAAGAUACCGAGCGUGUUUUUGUGAGAGAGGGUGAAGUUCAUUCGACAUGCCCGAGAAUGUCUCCCUCAUCAGAAACCGGACGGAAGUCGGGCAGGGUCGCGCUUGGGGUGGCGGAGCGGGCGCGCGGCCAGCAUGGGUCGUCAUGGUGCUCGCCGGGGUGCUGAUCUUCACGAGCUUGGUGGAUGUGCUCGGUAACGUGCUGGUGAUCAUCUCGGUGCUCAGAAAUAGGAAACUGAGAAACGCGGGUAAUGCAUUUGUAGUGAGCCUGGCUUUCGCCGAUCUCCUGGUGGUUUGCUAUCCCUACCCUCUAGUCUUGCAUGGCAUGCUGCACGCGGGCUGGUUGCCCGGGGAGUUGGAGUGUAAGGUCAGCGGCUUCCUGAUGGGUGCGAGCGUCAUCGGCUCCAUCUUCAACAUCACCGCCAUCGCCAUCAACCGCUACUGUUUCAUCUGCCAGGCCAACACCUACGAGAAGAUCUACGGCCGCGCAGGAACCCUGGCGCUACUGAUGUUAGUCUGGGUGCUCACCGCCAUCGCCAUUCUUCCAAACCUGGCACUGGGGUCGUUGACGUACGACCCUCGCGUUUAUUCAUGCACCUUUAGCCAGACAACAAGUGCAGGCUACACCAUUGCUGUAGUGACCGUGCAUUUCCUGCUUCCUAUCGCGGUAGUAACGUUCUGCUAUCUGAGGAUUUGGGUGCUGGUGCUCCGUGUGAGGAGGCGGGUCACCACCGACGUCAGGCCACGCCCCCGUCCGGGUGAGUUGCGCCACUUCUUGACCAUGUUUGUCGUCUUUGUGCUGUUUGCCGUCUGCUGGGCGCCGCUGAAUCUGAUUGGCUUGGCUGUAGCGGUGGACCCGCCCCGUGUAGCACCCUUGGUCCCCGAUUGGCUGUUUGUGGUGAGUUAUUUCAUGGCAUACUUUAACUCCUGCCUGAAUGCUGUGGUGUACGGACUGCUCAAUCAGAACUUCCGCAGAGAAUAUCGAAGAAUACUUCUGUCACUUUGUAAGCCACGCCUCUUCCUGCAGGAGACAUCAAGGGGCGGGACUGAGCGCAGCAACAAACAUUCACCUGGCAACAACAAUAACGAUGAUCAGCCCAAAGCGAACACAAUAUAACUUACCAAC